UGAAGCUGAGUCCUAUGGUGGGGGGCAUGUACGCACCGGAGCUCUACGCCGGAGAAACGCUGGUUCCAGGGUUCCCGUAUCCGACGGCAGCGGCGGCCGCGGCGGCAGCGACAACGGCCGCCUCGUUCAGGGGUGCCCACCUGCGAGGGCGGGGUAGGCCUGUCUACAGCGCAGUGCGGGCAGCCGUGCCCCAGCCUGCCAUGCAAGCGUACCCAGGCGUGGUGUAUCAGGAUGGUGGUUUUUACGGGGCUGCAGACCUCUAUGGUGGCUAUGCGACGUAUCGAUAUGCCCAGCCAACGGCCGCCGUAGCUGCUGGACCGUCUGCUGCUGCUGCACAUGCUGCCGCUCAAGCUUACAGUGAUGGGUACGGGCGAGUGUACACCACAGACCCUUACCACGCGGCCCUGACCCCGGCCGCAGCUGCCGCGUACGGAGUAGGAGCGAUGGCUACGUUGUACAGAGGUGGAUACAGUCGAUUUUCUCCAUAUUGAUAACGCCCGAGUCUUUCCUGGAACACGUCCCCCCCUCCUUUUUGGAUACUCUUUAACUGAUUCGAAAGAGCCCCACCCCCCCCUGCAGCUGCGGAGUGCAAUUGCAUCUCUUUCUGUGGUCUUGGUAGGAUUCAUACUAUAUCCGAUGCACAUACUCUUGGUACAAAAGUAUAUAUUCAGUAAGGAAAGCAGUCGUGUCAACACAAUGCAAGUUUAUUUCCAUAUUGAAUAACAGUUAACCACCAAUUUAAUUUGAACAACAAAAAAAAACAAAAAGAAAGAAAGAAGAAAAAAAAAAAAAAAAAACAUGGCUGUCUUGAAAAAUGCACGGCUCUAAGCUCAGAACAGUUAUUCCUUUGUAUGACUCGUAUCUCUGCACAAACGCAUGCAGUUAUGGCCUCAAAUUCUUCCAGUUUUCCAAAUGAACUGUGUUUUGCACACAAACUGCAAAAAUGGACGUGCGGUCGGCCGUGACGCUCCGUCAGCACUACAUCACUUCAUACACACACUGGCCACCUGGGCUUCCAUGGACACCAAGGG